AUGGCUCUGCACAGGGGUAGACCGACAACUCAUGGGGCCCCCGGGCAAUAGGGGAUCAUGGGGCCCCUGUGUCCUUACCCACACUCAAACCACACCCAAAAAAGCCUAUGAAAGGUACCAGGGGCAUCUCGUGGGGCCCCCUACUGACCCUGGGCCCUUGGGCAGUGCCCGACUUUCCAAAUGGUCAGUCCGCCUCUGAUCCUGACACACUUGCAAUUAUUCAGAAGCCAUUUUUCUGUCUAAGGCUAGGUUCACAUCUAUGCGAGUUGCGAUUGAUGCACUUUUCUAGUGCAUUUUCUGGUGCGAAUUGCACUUUUGAACAC